UGGCUCAGCUAUCGAGAGAAAGGCGAACGGGGAAAGGCGGAGAACCCAUGCAGGGAAGCCACGGGCACACCGGCGAGAGUACAACGGGUCUGCACAGGGCGAGCGUCAAGAGCACAGACACCGCGGGAGGACACUUUCUGAUGAAGAAGUGGAAGGGGAGGGGGCAGUUAUUCCAAAACUACACUGGAUUAAGAAAACGACAUUACAGAGCUUCAUCUAGAGCUGACCUGUAGAAGACUGCUGAGCCCAUGUCCUGACCUGAGGGCAGCCCUGAUUUCAGCCCCCCAGUGACCUGGUCUGCAAGUGACCGAGCAACAGCUCAACCACCGCCACUGCCACCGCCACCACCACCACCACCUCCCACAACAACUUCCCACCUUUUCCCACCUCGACCUCCACCCACCCCAGCCCCUUUUUCCCGGGCCAGCCUGCCGUCACCAUGACGUCGGAGCUGGAGAGUAGCCUGACCUCCAUGGAUUGGCUGCCUCAGCUGACCAUGCAGGCGGCAAUCCGCAAGGCAGAUGCCCAGAACGCCCACGGGCCAGGCAUGGGCAAGAAGAGUGCCAUGCUGGACCCCAACACCACCCUCGACCAGGAAGAGGUGCAGCAGCACAAGGACGGCAAGCCACCGUACAGCUACGCCAGCCUCAUCACCUUCGCCAUCAACAGCUCGCCAAAGAAGAAGAUGACGCUGAGCGAGAUCUACCAGUGGAUCUGUGACAACUUCCCCUACUACAGAGAGGCGGGCAGUGGCUGGAAGAACUCAAUACGGCACAAUCUGUCAUUGAACAAGUGUUUUCUCAAAGUGCCUCGCUCCAAAGAUGACCCAGGGAAGGGCUCCUACUGGGCCAUUGACACCAACCCAAAGGAGGACGCGCUGCCCACUCGGCCAAAGAAGAGGCCUCGUUCAGGAGAAAGGGCUUCCACGCCGUACAGCCUGGAGUCAGAGUCUUUAGGGAUGGAGUGUAUGAUCUCUGGAAGUGCCUCUCCAACGCUGGCAAUCAACACUGUGACUAACAAGGUGGCGUUGUACAACACGGACCAGGAGGGAAGCGACAGUCCGCGGAGCAGCCUUAACAACAGCCUGUCGGAUCAGAGUCUGGCGUCCGUUAAUCUCAACAGCGUGGGCAGCGUGCACAGCUACACGCCGGUGUCCAGCCUUCCAGAACCCGUGUCCCAGUCCAUGAGCCUGCAGCAGCAGCAGCCCCAGCAGCAGCAGCAGCAGCAGCAGCAGCCUCAGUACAGCAUGCCGGAGAGGGACAAGCAGCUCCUCUUCUCGGACUUUGAAGAUCUCAGUGCCUCCUUCCGCAGCCUUUACAAGUCCGUCUUUGAGCAGUCCUUCAGCCAACAGGGUCUGAUGGGCAUGCAGUCGGAGUCCCCCCAGCAGACCCACACCUCCUGCCCCUACCAACACUCCCCCGGCGGCGGCGCGGCGCCCAUCAGCACCCAGAACAACCUGUCCAACAACCACGCCAACAGCCACGCCAACAGCCACCCCAACAGCCACCCCAACAGCCACGCCAACAACCACACGGCGGCCGGCACCCAGGUCCCCCUCUCCCACCCGGGCCACGGCUCUCCGCACGGCCAGCACCUCUCCCAGCACGCCGCCGCCGCCGCCCUCAGCCAGCACAGCCAGCACAGCCAGCAUCCGCACCAACACCAACAGCACUCCCAGCUCGGACCGCCCCACUCCCAGCACGGGCCGCACCCCACCCACGGCCAGCACCCCACCCACGGCCAGCACCCCACCCACGGCCAGCACCCGCCGCAGCAGCACCCGCCGCACCCGGCGCAGCACGGCCAGCAGCACCAGAGCCUCUCCCACCAGCCCCAUCCUGCCCAGCAACAGAUGGCCUGCAACCCGGACUGGUACCCCAAUCUAGACGCACUGAAAGAAAGCUGUCGGAUCGCCAGCAGCUACAACUGGGCGGAUGUUGACCUCUCACCUUUCCAAGGUUUGAAGGAGAGCAUGAGACAAGCGGAGCUGAACAACUGGUCCUUGGAGCCCACUCAGAUAGCAGACCUCUGCUCAUCCAUCAACCAAUUCUUUGCCCGCACUGGCGUGAUCCAGCCACAAGGGGCAGUGCAGCCCCCUGUGUGCCAUGGCGCCAUGCACUCCACAAAACCCAGUCAGCACCUCAACACAGGGAACCUGUACAUGGACUCCAGACAGAGCAUGUCUAUGAUGGGCCCACCUGGCUACCCCCACAUGACGCCCAUGAGCAGCCCAGGAGCUGCCAUGACAGGCCAUCACACUCAGAUGAACCAGCAGCACAUGAUGCCGAGCCGGAACUUCCCCAUGCACCGCAUGCAGGCCGACGACAUCCAGGACGACUUUGACUGGGACUCCAUCGUUUAACCCCCCUUACCCCCCCCCUACCUUGACCCCUUCCCUGACCCGUGUCCCCGCUCCACCUCGCCUCCUGCUCCCGCGCCUCCCUCUUCCAGGAAACGAGGACCGGGGAGCCGGGAGGGGAGGCGUGGCGGAGGAGACAGAGGUGAAAGCCACAGGCUGAGCUGAGCAGCCGCACGGGAGCGGGAUGCAGCGAGGAGCCGCUCCUCUUGGACAGGGGGAAUUGAGGACAUUUUCUGCCCUUGAAAGACAGAGAGAGGGAGAGAGAGAGAGAGAGAGAGAACCUCAGAGUCCUGACAAUUUUUUAAACAAAGAAACAUAGAAAAGAAAAACGACAAAAAAAACAACCUAAAACGACAAAAUAAAAGAAAUGAAUAUUGUUACUUUGAAGACAAUCAUCAUCCCGGCGGUGGACUUGUUUAAAGUGAUUGCUUACGUACUUGUUUUAAAGGAAAGCGGCACACGUUAAUAUUCAGUCUUGAGUAAAGAAGAAAAAAAGAAAAUACAAAAACAUGUGCUCCUCUGCCCUCCGGCCCCCACAGCCCUCUUCCUGCCCCCCCCCCCCCCCCCGCCCCGCCUGUUUUUAACUGUUGUGUGAUUUGAGUGACUGGUUACACUUGUAAAAAAAAAAAACGUGAUAAAAAACCCUCCUUGUGUUAACCUUGACCUCACCUGCCUCUUGGAUUUGCCUCUUUUUAAGAAAACAACAUCAAAGGAAAUAUGUGUUUGGGGGGUGACAAAUGCAUCCCCCAAACAUCCCCCUCUUCUCGACUCCCCCCCCUCCCCCACACAAAUGGCGAUUGAGUUGGUUUGAUGAUGGGUACAGUGACUGAUCUUUUGAACAGGGUGUUCAAUGUGAUUUCAAAAGGCUUUGAUAUAUAUAUAUCCAUAUAUAUGGUAAAUCUAAGAGACAACGAUAUACUUCGUAACCGCUACAUCAAGGUAUGCUGGAUGCAGCUGACCGUUGGCGUAUACCGGCAGUAUUUCCUUCCUUGUCUUCAGUACCUCAGAGUCGGUCUGGGUUGUUUGAAGAGUUUGGUCUCUUCAGUAAGAAGUCUGCAGUCCUCAUUAUUUGAAGGUGCUGUCGGGAAGAUUCAGGAGCUGUAAUUUGAGUUUAGAUUCAUUAGUUAAUUAAUUAAUGGUAUGCCAUAGCCAUCCCUCAGCUAUUAGUGAGUGAAAUGCUCUGUGAAAACACCUUUGUCUGUAUGACCAGUUUAGAUUUUAUACUGCUCCCAGCUCAUUUAAAUCAGGGAAUCUCUUCCCUGAUUGGUUCAAGGUAUCCAUCUCACCUGUCACACAAGUGGGUGAAGUCAAAACUUCUGAAAGGCAGGGGGAGGGAGGGAGCGGACAGGGAUGGGACUUUUGGAAAAUCGUAGAUCUUGCGAUUUUAUGUUCUGCUCGCCUCUGUCUCUUUACAAUGAGUGGAUCCUUCCUACAGCAUCUUUAACCCUGAGAAGAUAAAAAUAACCUUUUUACCAAAGCCCAUUUGCUAAACAUAAGAACGGACGUUGGUUGUACGGUAUGUGAGAAUCUUUUGGGAGCGACGGUUUAUUGUUUAAAUGUUGUAAGUCAUUGAUAGAAAAUGCCAAACAAUGGAAUAAUAGUUGAAUGAUAAGGGCUGGAAAGAGGAGUGAUUAGUAAACUAGGUUUAAAGAUGAACCAAACACUCAAAUCCAACCUAACCUAACCAAACCCCCAAACACCGAUUCAAAACGAAAUACUAUCGGCGGCUGAUAUUACCUGACACAAUUUCAGCCAAUCAGAAAGAGCUGUGCCUCUGGUUUGAUUGUAAUGUUGUUUGCUCUUAAAGAUCCUGAAAGACCCGGUGAGGACACAACUGGGGAUCACUGAAUAUAUGGUUGAUGAGAAAGUGGUCUGUAAGAUCUGGAAUAACCUUUCAUUUGUUCAAUGUCUGUAUGUAAUGGAUCACAUGCUUCUACUGUUCAUGUGGUAUGGUCACAUCUGAGAGGUAAAUUACAGCGGCACGCCUUUUCCCACUAAACAAAUUGUGCGUUAUUAUGAUCGAUGUGUUCAUAUUUAGCUAAUGUACAAUCAUUGCAACAUACAGAAUGUGAGUCUUGAUACAGUGUGUGUGUGUGUGUGUGUGUGUGUGUGUGUGUGUGUGUGUGUGUGUGUGUGUGUGUGUGUGUGUGUGUGUGUGUGUGUGUGUGUGUGUGUGUGUGUGUGUGUGUGUGAGACUGAAUUUUGUCAUUUGUUUUGUAAUUCAAAAGGGUUUCUUUGAUGGUGACAACUGUUUCUAUGCUAUCUGUGAGCACAAAUCAGAUGGAUGAAAGAUUUGAAAAAAUGCAUCUUUUUCUUCUCUUUUGCAAAUGUGGGAAAGUGCGCAUUAACAGCAAGGCGAGUGGCAGGGCUGGAAAACCUGUCAUGAUCACGUCCCAGUAGUGCACGGGGUCUCAAUCAAUAGCUCCAGCUGGAUGGCACCAAGUGUUUUAUACGCUCUUUGCACACUAUCAGUAACCUCUUACUUUUAUCCCUCCAUAACACGUAUGUUAGCAAGUGAGAGACUGCCCUAGUCACAAUAGUUCUCAUCUAUGGAAGACAAUCAUGAUUUUAUUUUUGAAUUAUGUUUUUAAAUCAACACAUUGUUGUUCAUUUAAGGAAGGCACUUUUUAGGUCCAAUGCUUGGUGUAAUUUAAUGGAACCAUCAUUUCGGAGCAGAUAUAGAGACAACUAUGACCUAAAAUCAUGCCGGUGGUAAUACAGCUCUUCUGAUUGACAGAAUCCAGCUGAAGGCCUACUGUGGCAAGUUUUCUGCAAGGAGUAUAAUGUCAAAGACAGGUUUUAAGCUAAGGUUGACUUACGUUAUUUUGUUGUGUUUAAUUCAGCUCUUCAUGCAUUUGACCCAGCAUUUGAGUCUUUCUACUAUCUUGUCUUUAGUUCUUUUUUUAAUAACUGUUGAUCAAUGUUUUUUUUCUUUUUCACUGCCAAAAUGUAAUUCUCAGACACUUUCAACCAUAUUUUGUCAGUUGACUUGGCAAAACCUUUAAGGAUUAUUCUCAUUAAGUCACUAAAAUGUGGGUGUAGCAGUCAUGUCCACCAGCGGACUGCACUUUGGAAAGAUGAGGAAUUAUUAUAUUCCUGAAAAUUAUAAUGUAUAUAACCUGGAAACUGUGGACAAAAAAAAGGAAAAUGGGAGUAUCUUGUCAAACUUGGUCCAUUUUCGCCAGGUGAAGCUAAUCGACAAGCAGAGCACAUGGGAGGAUUUAAGUAAAUGUGACGAAAAGGGAAAAGCUAAGACAAAGACUGGAAUGCAAUCAAAUGAUGUGUUAAUUUAGUUGUGUGUGUGCGAAUGUGUGCUUGUGUGAGAAAAUUUGGUUCCAUAACAUAACACAACAAAAAAAUAUUUUAGUUAUAUUAUCCAGCUGAAGUUGUACCUGCCAGAGAGAUUACAAUUAGUUGGGGGAAGAAACGAAGAAACAAGAAACAAGGCCUUGUUACAAUGUGGGAGAGAACUGCCAACAAGUACUGCUGAUUGAGGCCUAUUUUAUUCAGUGCUGGUGUGAUGUAGUGCUUCUUGUAAAUAGAUGUCUUUUCAAUCAUCCGUUUUUUCCCCUCCAUGGGGUGGGGCAUCAAGGUGAGGGGUGGGGCGUAUUCAAGAACGAGAAGAGGGUUUAAAAAAAGAGUAGAAUAUUUUGUUAUUGUCCAGACAGAGGGUGACACAGUAUGUAUAUAUCUAUAUUGUAUAUAUGUGAUGAAAAUGCGUUGGCUUUUUGUGUGACACUACCUUUUACCUGUACUAUGGUUCUACAUUCAGUGUUUCAAUGUUGAUAAUAUAUAUUUUUGUUUUUUGUUUUUUUGAUUUUGUCUGUCAUUUCUCGUAUUUGUUGUUUAGUUUUUUCCCCUCGUUUAUCUUGUUUCUGUCCUUUUGGUUAUUGCACGGUUUAUUACUUUUGCUGUCCAUUGAGGUGACACAGCUACUUUGUAUUGGUUUAGUGCUAUAAAUAAUUCAAGUGUUAUUACAAUUGUCGAUACCACCGCCCAUCCCGCCCCUUUCCCCAAUAUGCAUGAAUGGCACUUAAAGAAAUAAAAUAUGUUAACUUCACUGUGGAA